UAAGAAGCAUUAUUUUGGAUUUUAUUAGACUCAUUUGGGUUUCUUGAAUCUUGUUAGGAGAUGGCAGAUUGUCAUGAGAAAAGCUUGUUGAAAGAUGAAGACUUUCAAGAAGAUGAAAUAUGGGCUGUUGGGAAAGGGAUUGAAGAGUCAAACCCUAAAGUCAACAAAUCUGAAAAACUCAUAAGAUAUAUACCUCCACCAUCAUCAACAUCAUAUGGUGCUCCAAGAACAAUAUUAAAGGGUAGCAGGGUAACUCAUCAUCAACAACAGAAGAAGAAACAACAAUCAUCAGCUCCAAUGAAAAUCCCUGACUGGUCAAAGAUUUACAAUGAAAAGCCAAAGGAUUUUGUGGAUGGAUGUGAUGCUAUUAUUCACAAUGAUGAUGAGAUGAUGCCACCACAUGAAUACAUUAACAAAAGGGUGGAAAGAAGUCCGAUUGCUCCAUUUUCAAUGUGUGAAGGUGUUGGGAGAACACUCAAGGGAAGAGACCUCAGUAAGUUGAGGAAUGCCAUCUUAACCAAGACUGGUUUUCUUGAAUGAUAUUCCAUUAUCAUAAUUCACCUCCAUUGCAAAGGUUGCAAGGUUGUUUUCCUCAUUAUGUUUGUGUCACUUUCUCUUCAAAGCGAUUUAAGCUGAAGUCUUUUAUUUAUAUUUGUUUUUGUUUUUUCAGUUAGAGAUUAAA